AUGGCGGCCAAGUCGGACGGCGGCGGCGGCGGCGGGGGCGCGGGGGUCGGCUUCGCCCAGCUGCACAACCUGGACGAGGCGGCGGCGGCCGCGGCGGGGGGCGGCGGCGGCGACGGGGCGGACGAGCAGGGCGGCAGCAGCUCCCUGCACAUCUGCCACUGCUGCAACACCUCGUCGUGCUACUGGGGCUGCCGGAGCGCCUGCCUGCGGAGCCUGCUGGGGCGGGCGGGGGGCCGGGCCGGGGGCGGCGGGGGCACGGACCCGCUGGCCCCGGGCUCCUCCUCCGAGGGGCCGCCGCACUCCCCGGGGGGCCCCGGCGGCGGCGGCGGGGGCGGCGGCGAGCGGCCGUGGCUGGACUGCCUGUGGAUCGUGCUGGCGCUGCUGGUGCUGCUGGGGGACGUGGGCACGGACCUGUGGCUGGCCCUGCAUCACUACGGGCGGCGGGACUACGUGUGGUGCGGCCUGACCCUGGCCUUCGUGCUGCUGCCCUCCGUGCUGGUGCAGAUCCUCAGCUUCCGCUGGUUCGUGCAGGACUACACGGGCGGCGGGCUGGGCGCCGUGCAGGGCCUCAGCAGCCGCGGGCCGCCCAUGAUGGGGGCCGUCGGGCGCCGGCCGGGGGCCGCCGGCACCGCCACCCCGGGGGCCCAGCGCCUCUGCAGGCUCUCCGUCUGGAUCUGGCAGGCCGUCAUCCACCUGCUGCAGAUGGGACAGGUCUGGAGGUAUAUCCGAACCAUGUACCUGGGGAUCCAGAGCCAGAGGCGGAAGGAACACCAGCGGCGCUUCUACUGGGCUAUGAUGUACGAGUAUGCAGACGUAAACAUGCUGCGCCUCCUGGAGACUUUCCUGGAGAGCGCGCCCCAACUGGUGCUACAGCUCUGCAUAAUGAUCCAAAAGAACCGUGCAGAAACAUUACCAUGUGUGUCCUCUGUGGCGUCCCUGAUGUCCCUGGCUUGGGUGCUAGCCUCCUAUCACAAGCUUCUUCGGGACUCUAGGGAUGACAAGAAGAGUAUGAGCUACAGAGGGGCCCUCAUACAUCUCUUCUGGCGCCUCUUCACCAUCUCAUCCAGAGUUAUCUCUUUUGCCCUCUUUGCUUCCAUCUUCCAGCUCUACUUUGGGAUCUUUGUAGUGGUCCACUGGUGUGCCAUGGCUUUCUGGAUCAUCCAUGGUGGGACUGACUUCUGCAUGUCUAAGUGGGAGGAGAUCCUCUUCAACAUGGUGGUAGGGAUUGUGUACAUUUUCUGCUGGUUUAAUGUCAAGGAAGGGCGGACUCGAUACAGAAUGUUUGCAUAUUACACUAUAGUCUUGACAGAGAAUGCUGCCUUGACGCUCCUUUGGUAUUUUUACAGAGAUCCUACAACUACUGACUCAUAUGCCGUGCCAGCACUGUGUUGUGUCUUUCUUAGCUUUGCUGCUGGGAUAGCUUUGAUGCUCUUCUAUUAUGGUGUGCUGCAUCCCAUGGGGCCGAGAGCUAAGAUUUUUGCCAGCUCCUGUUGCGCCGAGCUGCUCUGGGGCAUUCCUUUGCCUCCUGAUGUUGAGCCCAUGGCACCCGAAACCCCUGGGUACCGGGGGGCCCAGGCUACGCCUACCAGAGCGGUCACGGAGCAACAGGAGGAACUCACAGCUGACACUUGCUUGCCAGUUUUCCAGGUGAGAGCAAUGGUGCCAUCUACUCCAUCUGGGCGAGCCUACUACCCAGAAGGCCCUCUCAUUAAGAUUGACAUCCCAAGAAAGAGAUACCCUGCAUGGGAUGCCCAUUUUGUAGACAGGAGGUUAAGAAGAACUAUCAACAUUCUCCAGUAUGUCACCCCCACAGCUGUAGGUAUUAGGUAUAGAGACGGACCUCUCUUGUAUGAGUUGCUACAAUAUGAGUCUUCACUUUAAAGCUCCUUUAAAAAAAAAAAAAGAGGGGAUCUUAUUUUUGUUUAUGGUAAACACAGAUCAUGAAACAAACACACACCUUCAGAUAAGCUUUCUUUCUGGCUGCUGUAUGUAUAAAAAAAAAAGAUAAUCUCUAUGUUUUGUAAGUAAAAACAAAAAGAAAAACUUUUCUUUUGUUUUUUACACACAAGAAACAGUAUUUCAACUUCCACACCUAUGAUCCACAGGUGGAGAAGAGGCGUCUCCACGUCAGAGUUUUAUACCUUACACCAAGUGUAGAACAUUAUAUAUGGGAUUGGUGCUGAUUGAAAAAUAAAAACAAACAAACAAACAAACCUACAACUGCCUUAUGCCCUUAGGUGCUGAGUUUCAUUAAGUACUGUCACCUUUCUCAUGCAAAACUCUUGGGUGAUUUUAUGCCAGGAAAAAUAAAAAAAACCUAAAUACAAAACUUAAAAAAAAAAAAAGAUGAAAAAAAAAAAAAGAAA